AUGGCGGGCAGCCCAGGCAGCGGGGCCUCCUUGGAGGGUGUAUCCCUGGGCUCUUCUGAGGAAGCUGAUCUCCGGAGGGAAGCCAUGCAGCAAGUCCUGGACAACCUCGGAUCGCUCCCCAAUGCCACGGGGGCUGCAGAACUGGACCUGAUCUUCCUUAGAGGCAUUAUGGAAAGUCCCAUAGUGAGAUCCCUGGCCAAGGCCCAUGAGCGGCUGGAGGAGACUAAGCUGGAGGCUGUGCGGGACAACAACCUGGAGCUGGUGCAGGAGAUCCUCCGGGACCUGGCCCAGCUGGCGGAGCAGAGCAGCACCGCCGCAGAGCUGGCCCGCAUCCUCCAGGAGCCCCAUUUCCAGUCCCUCCUGGAGACACACGACUCUGUGGCCUCAAAGACCUAUGAGACACCACCCCCCAGCCCUGGCCUGGACCCCACCUUCAGCAACCAGCCGGUGCCUCCCGACGCAGUGCGCAUGGUGGGCAUCCGCAAGACUGCUGGAGAGCAUCUGGGCGUGACGUUCCGUGUGGAGGGCGGCGAACUGGUGAUCGCACGCAUUCUGCACGGGGGCAUGGUGGCUCAGCAAGGCCUGCUGCACGUGGGCGACAUCAUCAAGGAGGUGAACGGGCAGCCGGUGGGCAGUGACCCCCGCGCGCUGCAGGAGCUCCUGCGCAGUGCCAGCGGCAGCGUCAUCCUCAAGAUCCUACCCAGCUACCAGGAGCCCCACCUGCCCCGCCAGGUAUUUGUGAAAUGCCACUUUGACUAUGACCCUGCAAGAGACAGCCUCAUCCCCUGCAAGGAAGCGGGCCUGCGCUUCAAUGCGGGGGACUUACUGCAGAUUGUAAACCAGGACGACGCUAACUGGUGGCAGGCAUGCCAUGUGGAAGGGGGCAGCGCUGGGCUCAUCCCCAGCCAGCUGCUGGAGGAGAAGCGGAAAGCCUUUGUCAAACGGGAUCUGGAGCUGACACCCACCUCAGGGACCCUGUGUGGCAGUCUUUCAGGAAAGAAAAAGAAGCGAAUGAUGUACUUGACUACCAAGAAUGCAGAGUUUGACCGCCAUGAGCUGCUCAUUUAUGAGGAGGUGGCCCGCAUGCCUCCCUUCCGCCGGAAAACCCUGGUGCUGAUCGGAGCCCAGGGUGUGGGCCGGCGCAGCCUGAAGAACAAGCUCAUCAUGUGGGAUCCAGAUCGAUACGGCACCACAGUGCCCUACACGUCCCGGCGGCCCAAGGACUCGGAGCGGGAAGGCCAGGGCUACAGCUUUGUGUCCCGCGGGGAGAUGGAGGCCGACAUCCGCGCGGGGCGCUACCUGGAACAUGGCGAAUAUGAGGGCAACCUGUAUGGCACACGUAUCGACUCCAUCCGGGGUGUGGUCGCCGCCGGCAAGGUGUGCGUGCUGGAUGUCAACCCCCAGGCAGUGAAAGUACUGAGAACAGCUGAGUUUGUCCCUUAUGUGGUGUUCAUCGAGGCCCCUGACUUUGAGACCCUGCGGGCCAUGAACCGGGCUGCCCUGGAGAGUGGGGUGUCCACCAAGCAGCUCACGGAGGCUGACCUGAGGAGGACCGUGGAGGAGAGCAGCCGCAUCCAGAGGGGCUACGGGCACUACUUCGACCUCAGCCUGGUCAACACCAACCUGGAGAGGACCUUUCGUGAGCUCCAGGCUGCCAUGGAGAAGCUGCGGACGGAGCCCCAGUGGGUGCCUGUCAGCUGGGUGUACUGAGACUGUUCAUGUGGACCGCACCCCUCCGGGCUGUGACCCAGAACCCUGAAUCCAUCCCCUCCCCCAGCCAUGACCCCCAGCCCUGAUCCUUAGCUCUCAUCCCUGGCCGUCUGGCUCUCCCUGGGUGAGGACGG